AUGGCGGAUGUUUGUUUCCGUGACUUAUGUGGGGGAAAUAUGAACAAGCUGCGAGGCUCGAUCCACCCACCCCUGCGCACGCAGUGUCUCCUGCAGAGGCAGGCGUCUCUCUUGCACCCAGGUGCCUAUUCCUUCUUUGUACCAAGAUCUCUUGCCCCUUUGCCCAAAGAGAAGGCACUGCUGUUUCGGGUGCAGGGCAGUCUCGACCAGUGUGGUGUGGAUGAAAACAGGGUUUUAGGGUUCAGUGCAAAACUCACAGGAAGUCAGACGAGCGCCGUGCUGUGUGCAGGCGGCUGUGCCCUGCUGGCCCUCAGCUCGCUGCUGGCCAUCGUCGCCGUCCUGCUGCCCAGCGGAGCCUGCGAGAGAAGAGUCUGCACCCUGGCUGGCUACAUGCAGACAGCGGCAGUGUUCAUAAUGGCUUCUGGGCUUUUGGUUUACCCUUUUGGUUUCAACUCUGCUACUGUGAAGAGAUUCUGUGAGAAUUCAGACAUCUACUAUGCAGGAGACUGCCAGAUUGGCUGGGGGUAUAUGCUGGCAAUUGUUGGGGUCAUGUUGUCUGUCUUUUUACCAUUCUUUGCAAAAUAUGCACCAAAAGAGCACAUAUCUCCAACUCCAAUACCUACUAUUUUAUAG